AUACUUUAUUUUCCAAGUAUAAUAUAACCUAGAAAAUUCAUUUAAAUAAAAAUAAAUGAGAAUUUUAAACAUAUUUUAAUGACGGAUUUUCGGAAGUGAGAUUUUCAUCCCAUUUGUGUGACAUUGAAACAGCAUGGCGACCCUCAGACAGGCAUGCCGUCGGUGGCCCUUGAAAAAACUCAGUUUCUCUGAGAACAACAGCAAGCUUCUCAACAUUUCGGUUGAGAAUGUUGGCACCUUUUCAGUUUGUGCCUCCUCGUCUUUCUCUAAAUUGCAUCAGUCUCAGGACAAAUCCAGAGUGAGUGUACCAAAAAGUACAUUUCUUGAAAGAAAGACAUUUCACACUUCCUCAUUGAACUUUAAAGAAGACUAUUACAAGAUACUAGGGAUACCUAGGACUGCUGAUCAGAAGGAAAUCAAAAAGGCCUAUUACAAGCUUGCCAAAAAGUAUCAUCCAGAUGUAAACAAAGACAACAAAGAAGCUGCCAAGAAAUUCCAAGAGGUUGCAGAAGCCUAUGAGGUGUUAAGCGAUGAUUCAAAAAGAAAACAGUACGAUACGUUCGGCCAGGCUGGUCCCCAGUCAGCUGGUGGUGGCCCUGGAUUCCAAGGAUUUGGGGGAGCCUAUGGGGGACAAGGAGGUUUCCGAACUCAUGUCGAUCCAGAGGAGUUAUUUAGAAAUAUCUUUGGAGAUAAUUUCAAGUUUGGAAACUUUGGUGAGAGUGAAGAUUACGAAAGCUCCCAGUUUGGAUUUGGACAGGCAUCUGAGGUAUACCUGGACUUGUCAUUUGAGGAGGCAGCCAGAGGCAUCAACAAACAGAUGAAAAUGAAUGUCGUCGAUGAAUGUCCGAAAUGUAUGGGCAGAAGAGCAGAGCCGGGAACGUCAGCAGAAACCUGCCCCCAGUGUAAUGGAUCAGGGCUGGAAACUGUUAACACUGGUCCCUUUAUGAUGCGUUCCACCUGUAGAAAAUGUCAGGGCAGAAGGAAGAUCAUCAAACAUAAAUGUACAGAGUGUAAUGGGAAGGGUUCCGUUGUGAUGCCCAAAACUGUCAACAUACCUGUCCCAGCAGGUGUGGAGCAUGGUCAAACAUUGAGAAUGAAGGUGGGAAAACAGGAACUAUUUGUCACAUUACAGGUUGCCAAAAGUAAUCAGUUCAGACGAGAUGGGGCAGACGUUCAUUCAGAAGUGUCCAUCAGUCUUUCACAAGCGGUCCUGGGUGGGACAGUGAGGGUACCAGGCGUUUAUGAGGAAAUUCACCUCAAGAUUCCAGCGGGCACUCAGUCCCAUGACAGGAUACGCAUUUCUGGGAAAGGGAUCACCAGGGUCAAUAGUUAUGGUUAUGGUGACCAUUAUGUACAUUUCAAGAUUAAAAUUCCAAAAUCUCUGACACAAGAACAGAGGGCUAUAAUCACAGCUUAUGCAGAACUUGACAAAGAAGUUAAUGGUACUGUGGAAGGAAUAGUGAAUACUAAGACAGGACCCCAAGCAGUGGAUAAUACUCUGGUAAACAAGAUCCUGAAAGCUCUAAAUAUAGAAAAAUCACCAGAGGAGGGGGGUGAGGACACCAAAGGUCCAUCACAGACAUUUACUGACAAACAUUCAAGCAAAGGCAAAAAGAGCUCUUCUGUUUCAUAGGUGCAUAUAUUUAUUUAUUCAUGUAUUUAUUGCUGUACCCCCAAAAUUAUUCCCAAGUGACUCUGCAGUGUGUAUUGUAAGGCUAUAUAAUACAAUGCAUUCAUGUACAUGUAUUGUUCACCAUCUCCACCAAUCGGUAGAUAAAUGUAAAUCCAUGUGUACAUUUCUAUUUCAAAAAUAAGAUUUUAUAUUUAAGUUUGCUUUGUAAACAAGUGCUAUGUUACUUUUCGGGACUUUAAAAAGGUUAUUAUGAUUUGCUUAUUUUUUAAUUUAUUUAAAACUUGUAACAAUUUUUAGAUAAAACUUGUCCUUCAAGGUUUAAUGCAAUAGUUUCUCAAUAAUAUUUGCAUGUUCAAAUGUAUUUCAUUCCAAAGUGUAUGUAGAGACUAUUAGUGUUCAAGGUGCUUUAAAACUGUGCAGAAAAUUUUGUUUAAUUCUUAAGAUAUAGUGUUGAUUAAAAACAUGUGAAAGGUAUUAGUGAAAUACAUGUAUUAUAAUAGAUGAAUAUGUCCCAGACAAAAUUUGUAUUAUACAUAACAGCAGUGCAUUUGAUUGAUACACUGCUCUUCAUAUACAUUUCAUUGUCAAAGUUUAUACAUAUUGGUACAUGUAUGUGUGUUGGAAUCUGUAAUUAAGAGAAGUCGAGGAUAGACUUCAAAACAAGGUAAACUUUGUAAAUCUAAGAAAAUCCACACAAUAAUCACUACAAAGAAUGCAUUUCUGAGGUUAUGUGUUUACUGUCAUUCACAUGGAAAUAUGGGCAUUGUCUGUAAUAAUGGGGAGGGGGAGUCGGGAAGGCUGUCCUUACUGCUGUUUUUAAAGGAACCUAACAAAAGAUCUUCCAUUCUGAAAAAAUGGAAAUGUUACAGUUCUUGAGACAGUUUGCACACUGAAUAAUAUAUGAAAUGUAAAGAGUCUGUGAUAAAACAUAUUUAGUGUAAAUUAUCUUUUGACUUGUCAGAUACAUGUGCAGUGUCUGCAUGCAGAGUUUCGUUCAAAUAAUUUUAUUUUCACCCUGUGGAAAUCUAUAAAUUCACUUUUACUGAAAAUUUGGAUUGAAUUUAUAAAAUAACAUCACAGGGAAAUGUAUUGGAUGUCAAUGUACAUGUAUAACACAGCGUUUUAGAUAGUCAGUGUGAUAAUUAUGAUAUAAAGUGUGACAGAAUUUUAUUGUUGGAAGUGAAUGAAUGGGUAUGUAGUCAUAUGAACAGGUUUAAAGUAGGAUCUGUUUUCUUUCUAUGUACACACAAUCAUUUCAUGUAUUUGUUGAUUUUGUUAAUGAAAUAAAACAAAACAUUAAAAACUAUUCUAUGUGAA